AUGUCUCUUCGGAUUUCUAGUGGACCCAGGCGCAUCUGCUCAUGGUCUGGAGCUGGGUCAGUCAGAAUACCCAAUGGUAGCACUAGCUUUGGGAAUAACAGCAUGUGUGGUGCCUCUGUUGUAGGAAGUGGAAACUUAACUGGUGGAGGUUAUGGAAGCUGCUUCGGUGCGAGCUCAGGGGGAGCCCCCAGUGGGAAUGCUGUUGGUGGUAGCUUUGGAAGUGCUUCUUGUGCUGGCUUUGUGGGGAACGAAGGCCUCCUCUCCGGCAAUGAGAAGGUCACCAUGCAGAAUCUUAACGACCGUCUGGCUUCUUACCUGGACAACGUGCGAGCUCUGGAGGAGGCUAAUUCUGAGCUAGAGCAAAAAAUUAAAGGCUGGUAUGAGAAAUUUGGUCCUGGCUCUUGUCGCGGCCUAAACCAUGACUACAGCAGAUAUCAGCUGACAAUUGAGGAGCUUAAGAAUAAGCUUAUCUCUUCCACCACAAGCAAUGCUAAUGUUGUUCUGCAGAUUGACAAUGCCAGGCUGGCUGCGGAUGAUUUCCGUCUGAAGUUUGAAAAUGAGCUGGCUUUUCAUCAAAGUGUUGAGGCAGAUAUCAAUGGCCUGCGUAGAGUCCUGGAUGAGCUGACACUCUGCAGGGCAGACCUGGAAAUCCAAUAUGAAACUAUGAAUGAGGAGCUGACUUACCUCAAGAAGAACCACGAAGAGGAAAUGAAAGCCCUGCAGUGCGCUGCAGGUGGGAACGUGAACGUGGAGAUGAACGCAGCCCCGGGGGUGGAUCUGACGGUUCUGCUGAACAACAUGAGGGCCGAGUACGAGGAUCUGGCUGAGCAGAACCGCAAGGAUGCUGAAGCUUGGUUCAAUGAAAAGAGCGCCACGCUGCAACAGCAGAUCUCCGACGAUGCUGGGGCAGCCACAUCUGCCAGGAGUGAGCUCACCGAAAUGAAGCGCACUGUCCAAACCCUGGAGAUCGAGCUACAGUCCCUCCUUGCAACGAAACACUCACUGGAAUGUUCCUUGAGUGAGACAGAAGGGAACUACUGUGUGCAGCUCUCGCAAAAUCAGGCCCAGAUUGGGGCCCUGGAGGAGCAACUGCAGCAGGUCAGGACUGAGACUGAGGGCCAGAAGCUGGAGUACGAGCAGCUGCUUGAUACCAAGAUUCGUCUGGAGAAGGAAAUUGAGACCUACUGUCGACUCAUUGAUGGGGAUGGAAGUUCUUGCUCCAAAACAAAAGGCUACGGGUCAGGAGGUUCAGGAAAUUCGACUAAAGAUCUCUCCAAAACCACACUAGUAAAGACUGUUGUUGAAGAGCUAGAUCAGCGGGGCAAAGUCCUCUCAACCAGAGUUCACUCCAUUGAAGAAAAGAGCUCUAAGCUGAGCAAUGGCAAAACAGAACAGAGGGUCCCUUUCUAG